CCUUACCAUACAGCAGCUGCAUCUAUUCAUUUCUUACAUGGGUACUUUUGGAAAGCUGAUAAGAAAACUAUAAAAGCCCUCUUCCCUCACCCCUCUCUAUUCUGACGAAACAAAUGGAUAUAGCCGUUAAAUCCCUCUUCUUGGGUUUGAAUUCUCAGAUACUAAAUCACAAGCCAACAGUAUACUUCUACACUAGAAUUCCAUAUUCCGGCAGAACAUGUUCCUCACUUCAAAUGAGAAAUGAUGCUCGGGGGAUUUCGGCAAGGGCUAACCUCAAACCUUUUGCUCAAGUUUUUGCCAUAUCUCCAGGUUUGGAAGAUGUUGAUGUUUCUUCAUCUCCUAAAUCCGAAGUUUCUAAAAGUAUCUCCGCCUCUGAGGAUGGAAGGAUAAAGAUGAGGAUCAAUGUAUCUGGUGACAAGACACAGGUUAUUUUUGAUAAAGUGUUCUCCAAGCUAGUUGAUGCUGCCCAACCAAUUCCUGGCUUUCGAAGAGUAAAGGGAGGAAAAACUCCCGAUAUUCCCAAAGAUGUUCUCUUACACAUCCUUGGACCAUCAAAAGUUAACAAGGAAGCAAUCAAGAAAAUAAUCAACUCUACCGUGGCCGAAUGUGUGGCAAAUGAAGGAUUGGAAGUCACCAAGGAUCUGAAAAUUGAGGAGAGCUAUGAGGAGCUGGAAGCAGCGUUUGAGCCCGGCAAGGAGUUCAGCUUUAAUGCUAUAGUUCAGCUUCAGAAAACAGAAACAAGCAAACGGUGACUGCUACAAUUCAUUUGAAUUGCAAUUUUAAACAGUGUUCGGUUGUGCCAAAUUUCAUGAAAUGUCAUGAAAUUUGCAUCUAACUGACCAAAUUAUGAUAUUUGGUGCAACCUGACGUCGUCGCAGAAAGAAAAUUCAAAAAAAAAAAAAAACUUCCAAAUUGUUUUUUGGAUUCGUGUGGAACUUUUUGUUGGGUCCCACUUUCUGUGAUCCAGACUGUUUAUGUA